AGUUCUGGUGCUCUAGAGGACAAGGGGCAGUGGAGAAGAAUGUCUACCCCAGCUAGAAUAACCCUGAGUGGGACCAGAAGGUCAGGCCUGAGUCCUCUGAAAAGAAUGGUCAGCAGAACAACUCUGACCACUCAGAGGGUCCUCCAUACAGACGUUCUGGGAGAGAAGCUUUGCUCUCAGUUGCCUGCUUCCUCCUCCUCCACCAUGGAUAUUGUCUGCACAUCAGUUCCGGACUCUUCCACAGCAUGGCUGCCUUCGGUGGAGAUGGCACAGCCCGAUUACCCCUGGGUGGAGGAGUUUCAGCAGUGGGCUGAAGAAGAAAAAGAGAAGGCCCUAAAGCUCCAGGAAGAGUGUCUGAGAGCCCAGUUCCAGGAGGCUCUGCAGGCCAGGGAGAGGCUGGAGGCAGAGGUGAUCCAGGGUCAACAGGCAAAGCUGCAGGUUCAGCUCGAGGCUCACUGUGCUGGCCUAAGGGAGCAGAUGAAGGAGGAAAAGAAGCUGGAGGUGCAAGAGGUCUGCAGGAGGCUGAAGGAGGAGAUGAAGAAGGAGGCAGCGAUGGAGAGGGAAAAGGAGAUGAGGGUCAUACAUGAACAGAUGGAGGAGCGUGUGAGGGAGCAUGUAUUGAUGGCUGAGCAGCAUGUGAGGGAGGAGUGUGAAAAGGAGGCUCGGAGAGAGAACCAGAACCUGCAAGACAGACAUAUGAAGGAAAUAUCUCAACUUCAGGACAGGCUGCAGCAGCUGCAGGACAGUCUGGUGCGGGUCUGCAGGGAGCGGAUGCAGUACGAGACGGAGCUUAAGAAGGUACAGGCCAGUUACAGACAGUUUAUUGAUCUGACUGACUCCUCCCUCCACUCUGAUUACCUGUUAAGGCUUCGUCGCCUGGGCAGAGAACCGGGCCUCAUGGAGACCUCCACCCAGACUGACGAUGUCGGCCACAAACCCUCCAUACCCUGAGCUCUCGAUGUCUGUCUGCAUGUCCAUGUUUUCAUGUUUAAUAUGAUCUACUUUAUGGAAGAAUCUGUACCAAAUGACAGUAAUAGUAAUACUAUCAGAAUCCUAUCAUUACUGGCAGAUACUUGCUUGAACAAAAUGAUCAGCAUCAGACAGAUUUUUAGACUUGAAUGGUAUCUAUUUAAUGUAUUUGUUGUACGUCUGUUCAUAUUUCCAGGUUUAACCUCUGUAGUUAAACAUGAGUUUGUUAGUUUUGCUGUAAGGCUUACUUUGCCUGCACAGAAUGAAAAAUGCUACAAUAUAUUGUAGUUAGAUUUUGGUAUACAUGAGCAGCAAUCUGCAAA